UUUUCUAUUUCUUUGUAAUUAGACACAGUAACCAAAAAGUAGUUACGAUAACUAUUGAUGGGACAAAUGGAGCCACAACCUAGUUAUACAUCGCCACCAUACCCUUAUCCACAACCGCCGCCAUCAAUGCCACCACCAUCACAUACGGUACAUGUUGUAACGGGUGUGGCCUUUAACGUGGAAAGUCAACAUAUGACCUGUCCACACUGUCAUGCUAAUAUAUCUACGCGCGUAGAGCCAGAAGCGAACAUGAAGACACAUCUGAUGGCGGGACUUCUUUGUUUGUUUGGAUGCUGGUGUUGUGCACCGUGUCCUUAUUGCAUGGAUUCUUGUAGAGCGCAUAAGCAUUACUGUCCAGCAUGUGGUUCUUUUCUUGGAGUUGCCGAAAAUUGAUCAAUUUAGCUGCGAGAAAUACAAUUAAGAGGCUACUGAGCUAGGAAUACAAGAAAAUACUGCAAAAUGAUGUUAUCGUCAAUUUAUAUAAGGGUACACGAUUGAAGAAAGCAUUGUUUUUUUUACGUGUACUCAAAUAAAUCGUUUCUAAAUUAUGUAUAUAAAUCAA